UCUUGGUUGCUUCCAAUUUUUUAUAUUGUUUUUCUCCACUUGAAUUUCGAGCAUUCCCGUCCGCGAUUGACUGUACAAUUUACUGGCGCUCCUUUUCUUGUACCUUUUUAUAUUGCCUUUCACCCGAUCGCUUGAGGGCUCUCUAUCUACUGCUGGCGCGCACAAAAUGAUCCCAACACACAAGCUGCUCAGGGGAUGUUGUAUAUCCUGCAGUGGUGUUUAUGCCGAAGAAAAGGAAGAACUCCACCACAGAAUUGAGCAGCUUGGCGGAACAAUCAGCCACAGCCUCACUACAGUCGUCACGCACUUGGUCGCGAAGAGCAGCAAAAUGUCAAACAAGUACCAGAUCGCCGCCAAAGUGGGGAUCCCCGUCGUGUCGCUCAACUUUGUCGGCGAUUGCGAAGUGGAGGCCAGAAGCAGGCUGGCAGCAAUGCGCCAUCCAAAUGAGCCUGGCGGCAAUGGGGGCUCUGAUAGCGAUAGGUCGGCUGUGCGGCUAAUCACUCGGCGCAAUAGAAUAGCGCCAUUUUCUGGCUGUCGCGUGUGCACGACCGGGUUCAACGCCGAAGUGCGCGACGAGAUCAGCAAGUUUGUCACACAAACACAUACAGCGUCUGGCGAAAGCAUCCUGUUUCCGGGCGGCAGCACGAGCACCCGCGCUGGCGAAGCAG